AUGGCUCGUAGAGUAAGAACACCGUUGAAUUUCUUUGUUCUGAUACUGAUUGUUCUUCCAACUUUGGUAUUCGCAAUUCGAACUCUGAGAAAUGCGCCUUUAAGUGAGGAAGAUCGUCAGUACAAUGAAGGAGAUUAUAUUCCUCUGUUCGCCAACAAAGUUUAUUCUAAUCAAGAAGAUUCAUGGAAGAGAUCCUUUAAAGAACUUUUAGCAGGGGAUUGCUAUGUCAACACUCAAUAUGAAUUGAGGUUCAAGAUGGGAACAACAGGGAAACUCCUUUGUGAGAAAAAUUUGACAAGAGAAGAAGUUGCAAUAUUUAGAAAUGCCAUUGGAAACAAAUAUAUGUACGAGAUGUACUUUGAUAGCAUUCACUUGUCAAAGAACAUUGGAAACAAUACUAAAGAUUCCUUUUGCGACUACAUCUGUUCAAGUCGUAGGUUUUUUCUUAUCAACCACCUGCGCUUUUAUCCUCAUUACUUAGGAAACAAAGUGAAAGAAAUACAUGUUGUUGGUGACCAUGAUUCUGCUUUGGAUAUAACUGAAGAUGCUGAAAUCAAAGUCAACUUCACUUAUUCUGUCUUCUGGAAAGAAUUUGAAUCCAAGCAAGAGAUUCAGGAUUGGGUUCGUGACUUGUCGGAGCACAUUGGAGAAGAUAAUCCUAUGCAUUAUACUAAUGCUAUCAUCAUUUGUGGCUGGAAUUCUUUUGGAGAUGUAAUGGUAGAAGCUACAGGGGUUAUUUGUCCAUGUCAUAUUCAUGGUAAUGCAUGUAGAUGUCCUCAGUACUCGUCCCUACUUGGGGCCAUUCUGGGUGUUGGAAAACAGUUAUUAUGUAAGCCAUAUCUGCCACAUGCUUGCUAA